AUGGAAGUAUUGUAUCCGUGUACAUGUAAAUUAAAUGAGUCUGUGGAUGCAGCACCUCAAACUGUAGAAUUAAAGCCUGGAAAGUAUUUGGUCGAACUUUGGGGUGCAAGUGGUGGAUGUAAUGAGACAGAGCGAAGUGGCAAAGGUGCAUAUGUAUGGAUUCGUCUAAAUCUCGUUGAAUCGAAAACUUUUACACUCUUUAUUGGUGGAACUUCGACUUUUUCUAAUAUAACUAUGGUGAAAGGCGGUUGCAACGGCGGCGGUGAUUCAUUUCAAGGUAACUAUAAGAAUGGUCGAGCUCUGAUCGCCGGCGGUGGUGGUGGGUCUACUUCAAUAGGUCUGUCACUUUUUGAUUCCGAUAGAAUUGCCGUUGCAGCUGGUGGAGGUGGGUGUGGGUGCGAUGGCAGUGGUGGGAAUGCCGGUGGAUUAGUUGGCUUUGAUGGUACAUCAACUUUGGCAUCUAAAAAAGGGCGAGGUGCCAAUCAAGAAAGCCCUGGUAUCGGAGGAUAUUAUUAUAAUUUGUAUAGAGCAGAAAAUGGGACCCUUAAAAAAGGAGGUAAUGGUAUUGGCGAAGCCUUUAAUGGCGGUGGUGGAGGAGGGGGAUAUUAUGGUGGAGGUGGCUCGUACGAGGCAGGUGGUGGUGGUGGAUCUUCGUUUAUAAAGUCGGGUUAUAUUGGCCGAAUUCAAAGUGGAUCAGAAUCAUUUCGGUCGCCUGAAGGUAUUAACGAAGAAGGCCACUACGGUAAUGGCUUUGCACGAAUCAAAUUCCUCUCAUACUCAUGUGUAUGUAAUAUCAUAAAUCCAAACAGAUUCUUUAGCUUUCUGAAUUUUGUUGUUUUAUUUUUUUCAGAUAAAUAA